GACCUUUGGACUGCCUUAGAGACACAUGGUGUCUCGAAGAUUAGUGAAUUUAUGUCCAUUUGGACUAAGCAGACAGGUUAUCCAGUUGUGUGUGUUCGGUUGAUCAAGUCUCCCGAUGGGGAUGCAUAUUCAAUUGGAGUGAAGCAAAAACGAUUUUUGGCUGACGGAAGUUCUGUAAAUGACAAGUCUGAAUCUCACUGGCCACUUCCAGUGAAUGUUUGCGCUGCCGAUGAUUCCUCAAACAUCCUACUUCGUGAGGUUGCUAUUCCAUCAACCAAUUCUGUGAAUAGUGAGGGCUUCAGUGAAGAAAUCAUUUACCCUCUUCCCUCCUUCUUCUCCUCCUCAUCACCUCAUAUUCGCUUAAACCCCAAUGCCAUCGAUUUUUAUCGAGUCUUCUACGAUCAGGCCCUCAUGGAGGGGAUUAUGUUAUGUUUGAAGAAAGGCAGUGUUCCGGAAAGAGAUCGGAUUAGUCUCUUAGAUGAUCAGUUCGCUUUGGUUAGAGCUGGAAUGCAAGGACCUGUUACAGUUUUGGAAUUCUGUCGAGCCUUGGCUGGAGAGGGAAGACACACCGUCUGGUCAGUGCUUGCUGAAGGUCUUGCGCAAAUCCGACACUUGCUUGAGGAAGCAUCCUAUCCGGAAAGUGAUGAUAUCAUUUUCCCUGAGCCCUCUAAAGCUCUCCUUGGAUUGGACCAAAUCUACACUGAGCUUGCUCUCCCGGUAUAUGAGAAAAUCGGGUUUGAGCCGACCUCUGCAGACACUUGCAAUGAACUCCUUCUUAGGCCCAUUAUAAUUGCUGUUCUGGGUCGGGUUGGACAUAAAGAUGUUGUGGAGAAAGCUCAGGCUGCAUUUGAGCGUCAUUAUAAAGCUGUCAUCUCGUCUACGAAUGGCCAAAUUCCCGACCAAUCUCAACUCAUACCCUCUGAUCUGAGAAGGGAAAUUUAUGCUAUUUGCAUGAGGAGUGGAGGCGAAAAGGUGUUCAAUAUGUUGCUUGAGCUACAUGAACGCGCUCAAAUGAACGAUGAACGGGUUAAAAUUCUCGGAAGCCUUGGAGUGACUAGGGAUCCGGAGUUGCUGAAACGUGUGCUCAAGUUGGCUUACGCAGACUUUGUUCGUAAACAAGAUCGAUGCUGUGUACUCUUGGGGGUUACGGGUACCGCUGGUGGUCGCCGGGCUCUGUGGAACUUAGUCAAAUCGAGGAUAGACGAUUUGGUGGAAGAUCUGGCUACUAUUGAUCUACUCUCGAGUGUCUUGAAGGGUGCUGCCAAAGGCUUCGCUUCAAUGAAGCGACAUGAUGAAAUAAGGGACUUCCUGGCUGUUCACGAAUUGCCAUGUCAACGAGCUGUUCAGCAAAUCUUGGAGUCUGUCAGAAUCAACUCUGACCAGUUGGGCAGAGAUGAAAUAGCUCUUAGAGAGUAUCUGGAAGAAUUCGCUCCGAAAAGCUAA